AUGAAUUAGUAGGAGUAUACAAAAAUGAUUGUUAUUGCCUUCUAAGCUAAAGACAGUUAAGCAAGGAGUAAAGCAGAAGAGUUAUUGAUUCAAUGCUGUCAGAAUGAUAUAGGAUCUAUAGACAUUUUAUGUGAAUUAUCAUCUUAAUAAAAUGAUGUACUUUUGGCCGAAUAAGCUGCCAUAACAAUAAAAACUGCUAUUAAAAAAUUCAUAGCCAACACGAGUAAGGCCAUAUUAAAUUAUAAUAUAGAACCAUAUGCUGCUGAACUGAGAUUACAUCACGUUGAUCUCUUUGUUCAAAUGUUCACUAAAUAAAUCCCUAAUAAAAUCAAAGACAUUGUUCAAUAAGCUCUACAGUAAUUAGUUUCUUAUGAUAAAUGUAAAUGGAUUUAUAAUAUUCAACUUUAGAAAAUCACUUCAAAACUCGUCUUAAAAAAUAUGAUAGUGUCAGCAUGCUUCAUAGCUGAAACUUUGCAUUUGGAUAACCAAUUUGAAUGGUUCUAAUCCAUAAUCAAAAUCGGUAAAAUAAUAGAUGGUUUUUCUCAAUCAACUAAAAUACUAUGGGCUAGAGUACUCUUUAGUCAAUUAGAUCGACAUCUUACAACAAAUUAGAUGAGGAGUGUCCCAGACCCAAUUCAAUAAUACUUGAUAUUCAACGAGGAACUGUGUUAAGUCCUCAUUCUCAAAAUCCCACAAUUAACAUAUGUGGGUGAUGAUUUAGAAUACCUUCAAUUGAUUGUGUCUUUAUAAAGAUUGAUUUAUGGCUCUAUCUUUACAUUUUACAAGGAAGCAAUUGCAAACAAGUGCCCCUUCCAAGAAGUAUUAUGUGUCAUCUGUGAUACCUACAUCUAAAGUCUUGUGGCAUUUACUAUGUAGCCUAGUUUCUCUUACGAAAACCUUAAUCAAAAUCAAUAAAAAUUAAUCAAUGAAAUCAUUAAAAUUUUGGCGAUUACAUGCAAAAGUGUUUCAGUCUAUCACAUCUUUGCUGAAUAUAGGAUGGCUAUUUUCGUUGACAUUAUUUUACCUUUCUUUUCGUCGACCUAUAAAGAAAUAAAUGAUCUCAAUGAAGAUCCCAAUGAAUUUGUGCAAUUGACUUAAGAUCUAUUAGAUGAAUAGAAAUCUGAUAUCAUUAAGUCAUCAGUAGCUUAAUUAAUUAUCGCUUAUUCUUAACACAUAGAUGGAUCUAUAUCCUUCUUUGCUUCCUUCUCAACAUUAAUUGCUUCGUAUUGCAUUUAAAAACUAAAGAAUACUGAACUAAGUCAAUAAUUAGGAUUGAUCAUGGAAUUCAGAGAACAUUACUUUUUGAAAUCAAUGAAUAUUAAUAUUUUAUUAGAGACUUCAUUAUUGGUCCUAUCGAUUUUGAGUAAUUUUCUCAUUUCAAGAAAUGAGGUUGGUUCACUUUUCAAAUCAUUUAUCGGCGAAUACAACGAUUACCUAAUUAACUAUUCAAUACCUCUUGUUAAGGCUAGACUGUGUACCUUUAUUGGAGCCUAUUGUAAAACAAUUCUGAAUGAGAAAGAUGAACUCUCUUAUUAGCUACUUAAUUUUUUGAUGAAUUAGAUCAAAUCUUCGUAAACUGAAUUAUAUGCUAAUUGCUAUUGUGCAAUAGAAGCUAUCAAAAAUAUCAUUGAAGAACCAAAUCUAGAAAAACUGUUGGAACCAAAUAUAGGAUAGAUUUUACUCGUACUAUGUUAAUCGUUAAUAUAAAGUGAUUUUGAGGAUCAUUUUGACACAAUCAAAUAAAUUUUCAAAACAUUUCCAUUAGAACCUUCUGUGUUAGAUUAAGCAUUAAGUCUUAUAGUUUUGAAAAUAUAAUAAGAGUAGCAACUUUUUGAAUAAGGAUAGACUGAGAGAUAGAUUUAUAUCAAUUAAACUUGGAAUAUACUUAAAUCUUUACCUGAAAUAGAGAACAUCAUUCCUGUCCAUUUUACUCUUUUAGAAAAUAGGGUCUCUGUGUUAUAUAAAUAUAUCAUAAAUCCAAAUAUCAUUGAUUUUGAUGAGGAUAUUGUAUACUUCAUCUCUUAGUUAAUUUGUAAAACUAAAUUUAUUAGUGAUUUUUAAGCUGAAAUGUUCUUUUAAUGUAAAAAAGUCAUUGAAAAAUAAAAAUUCACACUUGGACAACUAUUUGAACUCUUUAAUUAUUAUAUUUAUUAUGGAAAAUCUUUAUUUUCAAAUAUCAACGCUCAGGAAUUUUUAAUAUAAAUGUUGGAAACUGUGUUUAACAAUCCACAAAUAGGUGAAUCCUCUUAAGGUGAAGCUAUUUUGCUUCUUCAUCUUUUGCUACAAGAAUAUCAAUUAAAUAAGGAGGUUUUAACUUACAUAUACACAAAAAUCCUUUAAAGAUCCUAAUUGCUAGUAAAAAACGAUUUUUUGAGAGCUCGACUAAUGGGAAUAUAUAUUUCAGGGUUUAUUAAAAAUUCUGCCUUAACCUUAGAGUGGAUAGAACAACAAUAGGGCUUCAUUUAUGAUCAUGUAAUUGAUUCCAGUAAGUACUGCCUACCUGAAUAUGACUGCCAACUCUAUUUGUUUGGAUUUUGUUAACUAUUACUUUAGAAUCCUCGAUUCUUAAAUUUAACUCUUCUCCAAAAUUUAGUUGGAGUCUUGAAAAAUUAAUAUAAUCAUGAUUUAAAAAAGGCCAAGGAUGAUAAUGAAGACACAGAAGAUAUGUUUGUAUUUAAUGAUGAAUUAGAGGAUGCUAAGAUAAUAAUGGAAACCUUUUAAUCAAAUAUAUCAAAACAUAACGAAUUUGAAUAAUUUCAUUAAACAUAUUUACACCUAAGAAAGACCAUCAAUAUAGCAGAAUUAAUAUCUAAUGACUCUAUUUUGAAGAAAGAUCUUGAUGAUAUGCUAAAAAUCAAUAAAUUUAAUUCAGAAGCUAGAAUAAUUUUAAAAUUGAAAAAAAGAAAAGAAACUUGA